AUCCCCAGUAAUGUUUUGAUACGUCGUUGUGAAAGAUUAGAAAUACGUCUUGAUAAAUUUGUGCAAUAAAUUGAGGCUGGCUGGAGCAUCCUGGAUGAAAGCGAGGCGCCAUGGUGUACAUCGACCAUAAUGGGCGCGUGUGGGAGAAGCGUCCUUGGGAUUGGCGACGGAUAGUGGAGCUCUUUGUGGGGAUAUGGUUUGCCAUUAAGCAGCUAUUCCUUACCUUCCUGGCUCCCUUCACGGGCACCGAUAACCAGGCCAAUCCACGUCGUGGAAAUGGAUGGGGUAGUGGCGGUGGUGGCGGCGGUGGAUGGGGUGGUGGAGGAGGAGGAGGCGGCGGUGGCGGAGGAGGUGGUGGAAGACCUGGAACAGGAGGUCUAAGGCCAAACCGCCGUAUUGGACGCAUCCAGCCGUCAAUGAGCUGCAAUAUGCCAGCGGCGGGUGGAUGAGGAUAGUAGCGACAUCCGGUUCCCAAAACUCUUUUGGGAGGAUGUC